AUGGGAAACCAGUUGAAUAGAAAAGGUACAAGCUUCCAAUUUAUUCCACAUUUCUUCGUCUCACUUCAUCCUUUAUCGCACUCUAUUACCUCGCUCCACCUCAUCUACCUCAGUGCACUUUACCCCACUUCCUUACACCCCCGUUUACCCUCUGCCGCGUCAUCCCGCAUCGCCCAGCAUCACUUCACCCCACCACCUUCCAUCCCACUCGACAUGAUCCCACAUCAACCUACCUCACAUCAUCCCACACCACUCCAUCUCACUUCACUUCCCUCCACAACAUCCAACAUUCUCUUGCAUCCCUUCAUUCUACCUCAACCCACCUCGCUCCAUUUGACUCCAUCUCAUUGCUCAUCAUCCCAAAUCACUCCACCUCACCAAGCACCACUCCAUCUCACUCCACUUCAUCUUAUUUCAUUCCAUUUCACUUUACUCCAUCUCACUUCACUCCAUCUCACUCCAUUCCAUCUCACUUUACUCUAUCUCACUUCACUCUAUCUUACUUCACUCCAUCUUACUCCACUCCAUCUCAUUUCACUCCAUAUAAAUUCACUCUAUCUCACUUCACUCCAUCUCACUUCACUCUAUCUUACUUCACUCCAUCUUACUCCACUCCAUCUCACUUCACUCUAUCUCACUUCACUCCAUCUCACUUCACUCCAUCUCACUUCACUCUAUCUUACUUCACUCCAUCUUACUCCACUCCAUCUCAUUUCACUCCAUCUCACUUCACUUCGUCUUAUUUCACUCCAUUUCACUUCACUCCAUCUCACUUCACUUCAUCUUAUUUCAUUCCAUUUCACUUUACUCCAUCUCACUCCAUUUCAUCUCACUUUACUCUAUCUCACUUCACUCUAUCUUACUUCACUCUAUCUUACUCCACUCCAUCUCAUUUCACUCCAUAUAAAUUCACUCUAUCUCACUUCACUCCAUCUCACUUCACUCUAUCUUACUUCACUCCAUCUUACUCCACUCCAUCUCACUUCACUCCAUCUCACUCCAUUCCAUCUCACUUUAUCUCACUUCACUCCAUCUCACUUCACUUCAUCUUAUUUCACUCCAUUUCACUUUACUCCAUCUCACUUCACUCUAUCUUACUCCACUCCAUCUCACUUCACUCUAUCUUACUCCACUCCAUCUCACUCCACUCCAUCUCACUUUAAUCCAUCUCAUUUCACUCCAUCUCACUCCACUCCAUCUCACUUCACUCCAUCUCACUCCAUUCCAUCUCACUUUACUCUAUCUCACUUCACUCCAUCUCACUUUACUUUAUCUCACUUUACUCCAUCUUAUUUCACUCCAUCUCACUUCACAUCAUAUCAUUUACUCCAUUUCACUUCACUUCAUCUCACUUCACUUCAUCUCAACUCACUCCAUCUCACUUCACUUCAUCUCAAUUCACUUCACUCCAUCUUACUUAAUUCUAUCUCACUUCACUCCAUCUUAUUUUACUCCAUCUCAUUUCACUUCAUCUCAAUUCACUCCAUCUCACUUCACUUCACUUCACUCCACAACAUCCCACAUUGUCUUUCAUCACUUCAUUUCACCUCACCCCACCUCACUCCACUUGACUCCAUCUCACUCCGCAUAAUCCCACAUAAUGCCAACACUGAAGACGACAUCUCGGCUGGAGCAAGCGGAACUGUGGCGUCAGUUGGCGCACAGAAGCAGCCGACUCGACGACCGGUUGAAGGCGUAUCGUCAUGCGGUCGACCUGUUGCAGGUAGGCCACGCCAGCAAAGUCCUCUGCCCUACACUCUUGCUGUACCCUUUUUAUGUCUGCUCCUAUUCAUCCCAGCCUCUGGUCUCCCUCCUCCCUUUUUUCGCAUCUGCCCGACAGCCCAACGACCACGUUUGGGAGAGGCUGGAGCUGGUGUUGGAAUUGGUGCAGUGGAU